UGUUGAGUGAUUCAUAAUGAAGGGCAACUGUGCUGAUGGGAGCUUAUGAGGGUCCAACCAGAAGCAAGGCCCCACACUAGGAUCAUUAUGCUAGCAUGGGAGAGAGUGUUCUUUGCUCUCACUCAUUAUCUUGGAUUACAAAAAACCAUGGAUGCAUUUGAAAAUUUCUCCCCUAUUUAAACACAAAUGCAAAUGGAUGAUAAACAAGCCCCAAGUAUUAUUGCUCUGUUCCAUUCCCAAGACCAAGAAUUUCCUCUCUUUCUAUCUAUCUAAUCAUAAAAAAGACAGAAAAAGACUGUCCUUUACAAAGACUGUUAUUUUUAUCCUCAUGGAUUUCAACAACUCAAAAACCAACUCUCCUUCUUCUUCUUCUUCUAAAAACAAAAGAAAGCAACAGCAACCUCAGCAGCAGCAGCAACAAGAGAUAAGAUUCUUGGGAGUAAGGAGGAGGCCAUGGGGCAGAUAUGCAGCGGAGAUAAGAGACCCUUCCACAAAAGAAAGGCAUUGGCUAGGCACGUUCGACACUGCCGAGGAAGCUGCCUUAGCCUACGACCGUGCCGCUCGCUCCAUGCGUGGCUCCAAGGUUCGAACAAACUUCGUUUAUUCCGACAUGCCAGUUGGCUCAUCGGUCACCUCCAUCAUUUCCCCCGACGAAACACAGCAUAACAUGUCGUCGAUUUUCCCUAUUAAUCCACCUUUUCACCAACAAAUGGACAGUAACCAGAACCAGCUUUUCUUCAAUCAAUCGUCCGGAUUAUUACCAGUCGGAAACAGGUGGAACCAAGAGAGUAGUGAUUCAGUACUGUUUUACACACCCAUUACCGGUGUCAUGGAAGCCGGAAACAGUGGUUCUCAACAGUUCAGCGAUGACUGUGAUCUGCCACCUUUGCCACCCGAUGUCUUUUCCACUUGUUACGUAUCUGGAGUUGCUGGUUCAGAUAUAACUUACACUUACGGUGCGUGGAGUGACUCGGGCCUUCUCCGGUUUGACUCAGGAGUAAGUGAACCAUACCUGGGAUUUAACUCUUACGAGUUGAUGAUGCCAUCGGUUUCUGAUAUACGGUAACUGAGGGAUUUAAUUUGGGUUCAUCUUCAUCAUCAUCAUCGGGUUACUUCUUUUAAUAGCUAGC